CCAAAACACUAAAUAGAUUGAAAUCACUUCUGCUGCUUGUGUUUGUUCUAAGUUAGUCCACAUGUGCCAUGGGACUCAAAGCUAUUCUUAUAGUCUUUUACACAUGGACCUUGUCUCAGUUCCUGACCUACUAUUUUGCUGCUUCCUUCGUGCGACAGAUACAAGCGCUGUUUGUUUCCUCUCAAGUACACUACGUACCUUACUUUCAGAUUUCACUGGCGCUCACCUUUCUGCAGCUCAUUAACAAGUUCAUUGAUUAUCAUAGUAAGAACAAAAGCCCUGAACCACUUGGAUUUCUGGUCUUGGAGACUCUAGAGAACUUAAUCGUUAAUUACAGUUUCACAUUUCUUCAUGGUUCCUCGGUGUAUGUCAUUAAAAUGUCCCAGCCAGUGACCAACUCUUUGGUGAAUCGAAUACUGUUUAAAAAGAGUGGAACUAUUGAGGAGCUAUUUGGUACACCCUUUAUUGUUCUGGGAGCAUUAUCUUACACACUUGAUGAGCCUAAAAUCCGUGUGAAAAGAAUUGGCAUCGCUCUGGCGGUUAUCUCGACCUUCCUCUCUGGUGUGUUGGCCGUGUUCAGGAAGAUCUUCCAUGGCGGGGACAACAUCAAAUCCUCAGUGACCGUCAUGACAAUGACAGUGUGGUUCUUGUGGCAGGUGUCGGCUGCAAUCACCGUGUGGAUGGUCGAGAUGUGGAGGGUUAUACCGCAAGGCUCCAGCUCAAUCGUUGGAGCUCUCUUCAGUUUUGGCUUUUUUCAUUUCGCCAACCAGCAUCUGUCUCACUUUAUGGUUGUCAAGGUGAUGGGGUCGAUGAACCGACUGUGUGCAAGUCUGAUCAGGAAAAUUCUGGUUGUACUUUUGCUCAUUGGGACUGAUGCUCACAGACAUUCCAUGAUCGCACUCCUAGCAUUGGUUUUGGCUGUUCUCGGCAUGCUCAUCAGAACACUUGGCAGACUUGAUAGACUUGACUCCGCUGUCCAGGACGGUAACCUUGACAACAGUGGUGCAUGGAUGUUGCCACCUAAAACUUAUCGCAUUGCGCAAUAUUUCCUAGUGCUGACCACGCUGGCCUUAGGGGUUGUAAUGGUCAAUCAAUACAGGGAUUUGAUAAAACAAGAAAGGCAAAGAUUGGAGGCCAUCAGGAAAGCGAUUAAAUCACAUGAACACGAUUAUGAAGCUCGCAUGGCUCUCUUUAUGACCUUGAAAUUAACUGACCACCCAGAUCUGACGGAUGCCAGGGCGAGAACAUUAACUGACAGCCAUGCAGUGGUUGGAGAGGCCAACAGAGUACUGAUACAUAUAUUGGCUGAUAUUCUCGUGUCCAUUCAAGAAACUGUCAUUUUGUCUCUUUCCGAUGACAACAGUGUUGCGAACAUGGCGGAAAAAGCAGGCGCCAUCUUUCUACUGCAGAAACUAAAUAAAACCUUUUAUUUUUAUUGCCUACACUCCAAAUGCAACAGAGAAGGACGCGUGGGCUGGCAGUUUCUAAACAACAAGCAAUCUAAAGACAUAGCUCUCAUUGUCCAGGGCGGCCACCAAGUUUUUCAGAAACCAGAAAACAAAAUGAUAAGUCAGCUAUUUUUAGAAACAUUUUUACAUAGCCUGGUACUCUUUUUGCCUUUAAAUAUAGACCCGGGCAUGAAGUUAUUUGAGACUUCUAAUGUUACAUUUAGCAGUUAUUUUAAUCGUUCUCGAGUUUACUUGCUCCUUAGUGACAGGUACUCUUUGGAAGAAGCCAAAAAAUAUUUCAAAAAUGUCAAAACCAUUCUAGCGCCUAGUUCUUCCUUUGGCUUUGGGAUGGUGGCCCAGAGGAUAAAGCCUUCCUACGACGUGCUCAUUUUACGUACAAAAGAUUUCCAACUCCAGAAAAUUAGAAAAUCUUUUCCUAACAUCAGGUUCCAUGUUGCUGAAAUGCAGAUAGGUUUGAAGUUCAACAUAAACAGCUCAGAUGUUGAGACUGCAAUGUUGGUCGUACAAGCUGGGCUCCAGUUUCUGCAAAAGGGAAGAGUGAUUCUGACCGACUAUGUGUACGUACACAUCCUGUGUGUUCUGCAGAACAUCCCUCAUGUCCUGGUAGAGAAGGCUAAUGUGAACAGUUCCUUGCAGUUUCAUUCUUCCUGGACCGCUGGCCUGGACUCUGUCAUUCGCAUUGACAAUGACGACGACCACCUUGGGGCCGAGAGUGCUGUCAAACUUGUUCAACGUCCGAACAGAUUGUAAUGAAGUACGAUCCUAUAUUUAACCUAAGAAACAUUUUCAAAUGUACUAUGAGUUCAUUUAAAUGCAAGCGCCAAGCAUGGAUGUGUACAAUUUAAAUAAAUCCGAAGUAAAUAUAUAGUACAAAUUUGUGUUUUAAUUCUCUUGAGUUAAUUGUACAUUUUGUAGGGUUAAUUUUACAUUGAUGUUUAAUCACUGCAUCAAAAAUCAAAAUUGUAUUCAUUUAGAUUAGAUUUCGUAUAGGAUUUCAGCUACCCACAAGUUAUUGUAGUACGUUCACUUUGAAUUGAUGAACUGGAUGCAUUCUAUGUUGAAAAAAUAUUAAAGCAUUUUGUUAAUGAAUGUGAACUUUUGAACUUUGACUCAGUAAUUUCAUUGUUGACUAUGUUACGACUGAAGGACGUGCCAACACUGAGCUCGUUUCUUCCCAAAUUUUUGUUGCCUUCUACCAUUAAAAAAAAAACAGAUGAAGACAUUGAUCACCAAAGUUCCUUAUAACAAGGGUCACGGGGACUCGUUGGUACGAGUUCAAAUGUUUGAAUAGAAUUAAUGAACAUGUGACAUUGACCUACAUUUCACUUGUGCUCAAAGGUCGUAGCACACAGUGUGUUUCAGUUUAUCCUCUAUCAGUGAAGACGAGGCAAAUAGAGCUUUACAUUUGUAUGUACACGAGCUGCUCAGGCAGGUCAAAAGGAAGGUUUCAAUAUUUUCAGAAAAAACAUAUCAGAAACUAUGAACUAUAAACUAUCGACAACUACAAGCCUAUCUCCGUCAGAAACUAUGAACUACGAACUAUCAACUACAAGCCUAUCUCCGUCAGAAACUAUGAACUAUAAACUAUCGAUAACUACAAGCCUAUCUCCGUCAAAACAAAAACAAGAGACGUGCUCAUGUUGAAAGUGUUGCCGAGACUGCUGUAUUUAUACUUCGACUAACGAUUUGAUACCACAGGAUUCGGAGAUUUAUUAAUGUUAAUAUUAUUACAUUGUUAAUAUUCAUAUGUAUUCAAUGAACGGAUAGUUAUGAAGAUAUAGUUAGAUGUGAGCCUGGCUUAACUGAUGUUAUUUAUUGCUGCGUGCAAUUGAUUUAAUUGUUUUGUAAUAGGCCGUUGUGAUGUGUAUUAUCUAGUUACACUUCACAAGUAUAAUAUUAAAAACUAUUUAUUAAUUCUAGUUAUAAAUUAUAUUCAAUUCUUAUUCUUCUUCCUUGUUCUCAUUUUUAUGCUGGAGCGUUCAGAUGACUAGACCAAUAAAUGAGAUGAACUGCGCAGUGGUUUCCAAAUCAUGGAGCUCUCUAUAUGGUUUUCUUUCUAUUGUGAUGUUUUGGGGCCAGUGUCUUGUUCGGGUUCGGAUAAAGAGUGCAAUUUUGAAGGACAUGGUCAGCAUUCUCAGGUGACGCUCCACAUGGGCAGAUUUCUAUUCUUAUGUAUAC